AUUCUUAUUACUUUUAAAACUAUCGUUACGUUUGCCCACCUCCAGAAGGAUAAAGGCGUUUAGGUAGCGCGAAUUUCGCCCGUUUUGCCUGGAAAACCACCCCUAAAUGACCUUCACUACCUACUGUGCCAUCAUCUGGCCGUGGCAACGGCGCAAAUUCGUUAGUAUUCCAAACAGCACGAUCGAGAACACACCGCAAAUGACGUCCGCAACUGACACAGCACCAACGGCUGCUUCUUUGUUGCAGCUAAAUGAUGAUGUUUUGGCUUUGAUCAUCCGCCAGCUGAAUGUUUACCAGCAGUACGAGAUCGGCAGGUUGAACAGGCGUUUGCAAAGCAUAGUACAGAUGCUGUGGAGAACCCGUGUUCGGAAUGUUGUCCUACAGGACGAGAUGUUCCGACGAUCGGGAGCCACUUCCAGGCAGUUUGUCAACUUUAUCUUGUCAUUGGCCCCUUACAUGGAGCGCUUGAGCUGCCAGCAUUUGGAUGUGCGAAAACUUCGGCUUCUUAGCAGUCAUACAAUAGAGGGAAUCCAAUCCCUGGAAUGGUACGGCGAUGCAAAUCGACGAGGGCGGGUUCGAUUUGUAGACGAGGAUGUGCGACUCCUGCUCCGAGUAUUUCCCAACUUAAGGAUGCUCAAACUUCGGAGCUGUCAAAUCACUGGAAAGUACCUGUGCGAACUGGAACACCUUACCGAACUCUGCCUGGAUGAUUGUCAGUUCCUAGAGUCUCAGCACUUCAGGGACAUUUUCAGGCUGCUGAAACUACGUAAAUUUGAUAUUAUGGAGGACUGUGAUGAGGUGAACUGUUGUGAUCUCGCGGAUCUGCAGCUAUGUCCUACGUUAGAGCAUAUAAAGAUUGCCGAUUACCACUUGUGUAUGGAGUCGGAUAUAACACAGCAACUUCUAAGAUUGCCUCGCCUGCAAAAGUUGUCGAUUUACUCAAAAAACUUUGUCUUCGAUGUACUGUCUCGGAUAGCUCGUCCGAGCAGUCCUCCCGGAGCAGUCAGAGUCAUCGAGGCCUUUCGUUUCAGUGGGAUCCUUCAUGAUUAUGGAAGAUUCUUCAGAGAGCUCGGAAAUCUUAGACAACUGACACGAUUGGAGCUACAUGGUCAGGUAGAGGUGGAAGAGGAUGGUCAGUUACAAUGCCUAGAGGAUCAGAUGCUUCGGCAACUGGCCAAUCAUCUGCGUGAGCUAACUGAACUCCAUUUGUGUGGUUAUCAGUUGGAGAGUCCUUUGGGCCUGUUGGAAUUUGUGAUCAAUUGUCGGCAGCUGAGAGUCCUGGACAUCACCCGGACUCAGUGCCAUGGAGAUACCUUUAUCUGGAGCUGCAUUGCCGUUUUGGCCAAGCAAAGGUGGCGUAGUCAGCCAUUGGAGCUGUGGAUCAGGCAUACCGACAUCAAUCAGGAAAUAGUACAUAGUCCGCGCUGCUUGGACAACGUAAAAGUGAUAAAGAUUGAUGCCAAGCAGAUCGGAUCCAAUACGGAUUAUACAUCUGGGGUGCUUAAGUUCAGUUUCGCACGCUAAUCUGUUCUUACCAUUGAUUGACUGUCAGUUUUUCGAGUACCAUCUAUGGUGUAUACGUAAACUGCUCAGCCCAUACUGGUCGCAUAAAAAAAAGUUUUAAACUUAAAUCUUAUUCACAAUGUAUAUAAAUAAAAUAUAAAAUAAACUUACCAAAUUAUUCACAUUUU